CUCCGUUGUAUCCUCUCUCAGUUGGGAUGGGUGCGUCAUUGAGGGACCAGGUCCAUAGCUGUCGCAUCCCCGCAACAUCCGCUCUUUGUUGAUAAACAUUGGGCUGUUGAGGUUCUGGUUGUAAUUUAAAAUGGAAAAAAUGAUGUGUUCGUCGCAUAUAGCACAAUUUUACAACAACUUUUCAACUGAAGAACUCCAGGAUCAAACAUCAGUGUGGCAUGGCAACAAUGGGUCCUACACAUUUACAAAUAUGUUUCCGUCACCCAGUCCAUCUGGAUCUAGUGCAUCGGGACCUUUUUCCCCUGGUCAAUAUGAAGAGGUUAAUUUGCCAGGUGGUAACCCAGGGAAUCCUUCUUUAAGGAUAACCGAGCAGCCUGUACCAAAAUUUAGGUUCCGUUAUAGGUCUGAAAUGCAAGGGGCCCAUGGAAGUCUUCUUGGCCGUAGUGAAACGUCAAGAAAGAGAACACACCCAACUGUUGAGCUUGUAAAUUAUCAUGGAGAAGAAGACAUCAUAAUACGUUGCCUAUUAUACACAGCAACAGAUAACCCUAUACCUCAUAUGCAUCAGCUAAUUUCUAAAGAAAGUUCAAAAGAAGUCUUUGACCAUGAGAUAGCUGUGUCUGAGCGGAAUGGUUACCGUGCAGAGUUUAAAGGACUUGGUAUAGUCCACCUGUCCAAGAAGGACCUGAAAAAAGAGUUGAUUAGGAAGAAGGAGCAAAUGUGGCUGGAAAAUUUGAGGAGCGACCGUGAGCUGGACCAUGUAGAUAAUGAAACUCUCAAAGAAGCAUUGAAAUUGAAAAUACCAGAGCUGGAGAAAGAAGCUGCAAAAGAAGCUAGCAGCAUGGACCCCAACAAAGUCAAACUAUGCUUCCAAGCAUUUUAUAAGGGACCGUUGGGACAAGUUAAUUAUGUGUGUCAACAUGUGUUUUCAGAAACUAUUGAGAAUUCCAAAAGUGCAGAAACAGGGGAACUGAAAAUUUGCAGAAUGGACAGGUGCACUGGAACAUGUGAGGGAGGUGAUGAAGUUUACAUUCUUGUAGAGAAGGUUUGCAAAAAAAACAUAAAGGUUCGAUUCUUUGAAGUGGAUGAUCAGGGACAUGAAGUAUGGAGCGAUUAUGGUCAGUUCAGUGAUUUUGAUGUCCAUCAUCAAUAUGCAAUUGUUUUUCGAACACCUCAGUACCGAGACUUACAGAUACAGAAGAAUGUGGAGGUAAAGAUGGAGUUGCAGAGACCAAAAGACAAUUCUAGAAGUGAGCCAUUAAAGUUCAUGUACAAACCAGCCAGAAAAUAUGCAAAGAGAUUAUGCACUAGCUCCUCCCGAAGUGACAGUUGGAGCAGCUUUGAAGCUCCUAGAGAAACUAGAUCAGGUUUAGUAUCUGGAGAUGACCCUUUGCUAAGUGGAAGUGGAAGUGACUCUUCUAGAAUUGGUAGUUGGAAUUUCCCAAGUGAUGCUUUGAAGGAAGCUCUUUCAAAUAUCGCAACAGGGAAUGAUCCAACGGAAUUUUUUGAAUUUGAAAGGUUUAUAAACUCUGGUGAUUUUUCAGAAUAUUCUCAAGCCUUUCCUGAUUUGUGUUCUCAGAAGGAAUUAAAUUCACAGCCUAGUCCAACUCCUAACAUUCAAGUCACAGAUCUUGAAUUAUUUGGCGAUUUGACUCUUCAACCUCAACCCACUUGGACAGCAGACGUUGCCUCACCACCACUGAGUAACAAAAGGAAGCAUGUUGAAAAAGAUGGUGUUGUGACGGAUGGUUGUGCUAGAAAGGAGCCAUCUGUGGAGACAUCACCCAACGAAGGCUAUGAGAAGAUGAAGGAAGAAACAUUACACUCAGCAAAGAAUGCUUACGCUAAGUUGCUGAAGCUAAUGAAAAGUCGGCAUGCAAAUAGACAGCAAGAAAUCAAAAAUAUAAUUAAAGCAGAGGACCAAGAAUUUGGACCUCUUCAUGCAGCUGUGCUACAUGGCCAACUUAAGGAAUUGAGUGACCUUCUUUCCUUAAUAAUAAAAAGCAACCACUUGAGGUUAAUAAAUUCCACAAACAGGAGGAAAAAGACUCCUGUCAUGGUUGCUGUUGAAGAAAACAGUGUAGAUUGUUUGAAAUUGCUCUGCAUGGCCAGAGCUGAUCUAAAUCUAGUGGAUUACAAAGGAAAUACUGCACUUCACUUGGCAGCAAUGAACAAGCACAGCAAAUGCCUGCAAGUGCUGCUUGCGGUUCAGUCCAUGAAAGAACCCAACAACACAAAAUUAGAGCUUAAUUUGAAAAAUGAAAAAGGUGAAACAGCCCUACAUAUUGCUGUAAAGCAUAAAGAUCUCCCAAGUGUGAAGCUGCUGGUUACUGCAGGAGCAGAUUUAAAUGAAAAGACUGGUACUGCAGGUCAGACACCACUUCACCUUGCAGUUGAAUAUGAUUGUAAAGAGAUAGUUAGUCUUCUACUUGCUCAAGAAGGACUGAAACCUGAAGAAGUAAAUUUCAGCAAUAAAACAGCUCAUGAUUUGGUGAAUUCCAAUCAAAGAGAUAUCUUUGCUUUGUUUCAGAAGAAACAGAUUGGUUGUAACAACAAGACAAGUGAAAUGCAAGUAGAGGAAGAAGUGUCUGAUGAUGAUGAGGAGGAAGAGGAGGAGGAAGAGGAUGAUGACAAUUUGGAAGGUGGUGAUGCGGAGCAGAAGGAACGAACUGAGAACAAAGAUGUACAUGAGGAUGAGGAACCUCCCAUGGUCAUCGAAGAAGCUCAAAGGAAAGAUGAAUCUGGAGAAAUGGAUACUGAUCCAGAUGAUACGCUUGCAUCUGAUAGUAUGAAUGAAAACACACAAGAAGUCUUUGGUUUAGACAAAGUCACCUUAAAUACUCUUGUGGAAAAUCUGGAUAAAGAUGAUAAAUGGAAGACUGUUUGUCAAAAGCUCAAUUGUACUUUUCUAGUUGCAACAUUUUCCAAUGUAGCAAGCCCUACUAAAUGUCUUCUAAACUUCCUUGAGUUUGAUAAAAAAGUAACUUUGUUAGAGUUCCGACACAUUGUGAAUCAACUGAACGUGCCCAUUGCCUUGAAAGCUUUGGAUGCUGCGCUCACUAAAAAGAAACAAUGAGAUGUGUGCGUAAUGCACUACUCUCGAAGAAUGUUCAACGUACAACUGCAUAAAUUUCAAAUGUAGUUUUGUAUAUUUUUUACAAGCGCUGUUUUAUAAAUGACCCAUCACAGUUUCCUAUUACAAAUCAUAUUUUUUUUUUUUCACAAUCAUAUCUUAUAGAAUAAUAUGUCUGCUUUAGGAGAUUUAUAUUUUGUAUUAUGUUUUAAGCUUUUACCAGUGAUUGUUUUCUUACGUAUGUAUAGUUAAAAUUAACGUUAGUUCAUUAUGUGCUUGUUGAGCACCAUUAUGCCAAUGGAUGUGAUAACUUCAGUGAUUUGUUUGGCCAACUAAGUAUAUUAUGACCAGCAGGUAUCUCUUUAUUAAAUUUUUUAUUUAUAAAAAUAAACUAAUAAGGAAUGUAAAAGAAAA